CGGGACGUUUAAAGAAGCUAUUCUGGAAUGUUGGGUGAUACGGAGGAAGACAGACUUGGUCGCUGCCGAAGUGUAAAGGAGUUUGAGAAAUUAAAUCGCAUUGGUGAAGGAACAUAUGGUAUAGUAUAUCGUGCCAGGGAUACCAAGAGUAAUGAAAUAGUAGCAUUGAAGAAGGUUAGAAUGGACAAAGAGAAGGAUGGUAUCCCCAUAAGCAGCCUGCGGGAGAUAAAUCUGCUACUCAGAUUGCGACAUCCCAACAUUGUGGAGCUAAAGGAAGUAGUUGUUGGAAAUCACUUAGAAAGUAUCUUUCUGGUUAUGGGAUACUGUGAGCAAGACCUGGCCAGUCUUUUGGAGAAUAUGCAAACCCCAUUCUCUGAAGCCCAGGUGAAAUGUAUCUGCUUCCAGCUCCUCACUGGGCUGCAGUACCUUCAUGAGAGCUUUAUAGUACAUAGAGAUCUAAAAGUAUCCAACCUGCUCAUGACUGAUAAAGGCUGUGUGAAGAUUGCUGAUUUUGGCCUGGCUCGUGCUUUCAGCAUCCCGGCAAAGCAGAUGACUCCUAAAGUGGUCACUCUAUGGUACCGGGCCCCUGAACUUCUACUGGGAAGCACUACACAGACUACAGCCAUAGACAUGUGGGCUGUGGGUUGCAUACUGGCUGAGCUCCUGGCUCACAAGCCCCUUCUUCCAGGAGGUUCAGAAAUCCAGCAGAUUGAUCUGAUCAUACAGCUGCUUGGCACACCCAAUGAAAACAUCUGGCCAGGUUUCUCAAACCUGCCAUUAGUUGGUCAGUACACAGUGCGUAAGCAACCUUACAACAAUCUAAAACACAAGUUUCCCUGGCUGUCUGAAGCUGGACUUCGCUUACUCAAUUUCCUUUUUAUGUAUGACCCCAAAAAGAGAGCAACAGCUGAGGACAGUCUUGCAAGUUCAUAUUUUAAGGAAAAGCCUUUGCCCUGUGAACCACAGUUGAUGCCUACAUUCCCACAUCAUCGGAACAAGAGAGCGAGUGGCACAGGAACGGAGAGCCAAUGCAAGCGCAGCAAACCAUAAUUCCACAAAUCCAUCCACUUUAUGAAGCAAAUCACUCAAUAGACUUCUGCGGGACUUCGAUCAAGGCAGAAACUUGAAUCAGGGCUCUAUCUUUUUUUUUUUUUUUUUUAAAUUUAUAUGUCUUGUAGGUUUAACAGGUACUGUAGAAGCACCACAAUUAAGGAGAUAGACUGGUGUAUUUAACAGGAAUCUUCUGUCUUCAAAUACAUGAAACUCCACUAUUAUUUUCUAGUCUAGUCUCUUAUGGGAAAAUAAGGAUAUGUAUGUGUCCUGUACUGAUACUAAUGUGCUGCAUCAGCAUAAAUCAUUGCAUGACCUAAGUGUAGGAGGGCUGGCUGUGUCCCCUUGCUGUGCAGGUGAUGGGUUAUUUGUUAACCACAGCCACCUUUGGAAAAAUUGUGCAGCAAUCUUACACUUAUAAUUAUUUCCUGAACUGAUGUUAAUGAUAUCUAAUGUUGGUUAUUAUGAAAAAUAAAGUAUGUAUUUAAAUAUGUA